GAACCCUGAAAUCUAAACACGAGUUCAAAAGCGAAAUGUAUUGAGCUAACGGAAGUUGCCAGUCAUGCAACGUACGUAGACAAAGCAGCUUCCCAUUUAUCUCUCAUUGCUUCCCAGAGGAAAGAAAGAAAACAAAAUACCAUACCUCUUGUAGACAUGUAGUCAGUUCAAAAGUCGAAGAAACACAAUAGCGUCCUGAAACGGCUUGAUAUCUUUAUUCAUCGAGUUGAGACCGAAAAGAAUUUGAAAGAACAUCGUUCCAAGGUAUACGACUAUUAUCAGUUUUGACCACGCACAACUGAGCUCACUCGCAAUGUCUUCUACUGCAGAUAUCACACUAAAAACUGCUUUCUCUGUGGUGACAGUGAUAGGCAUAACGGGGAACAUCCUGGUCUGCCUAGUGGUCCUACUCAACAACUCCAUGAGAACACCCAUGAACUACCUCCUCGUCAACCUAGCCAUCUCUGACAUCACCCUACUCCUCUUUUUCACUCCCUUGUUUAUUUUCAGAGGAGCCUUUGAGCAUCCCACAGGGACCUCAGGAGACGUUCUCUGUACUUUUAUAACAGGCGGGACAUUUGCCUGGUCGGGAGGGUACACGUCGGCUUUCUUCUUGGUUGCCAUAGCAAUUGAGAGAUACUUUGCUAUUACUCGCCCGCAUGACAUUCGCAAGAGAAUCACGAUGAAGAAACUCAAAUACGUGGUAGGGACAUGUUGGUUUCUGGCUCUGGCAUUUAACGCUAUUGGAUUUCUCGUGCAACGCUACAAUGAAGAAGAGAAAUUCUGCAGGGAGGAAUGGCCGUUUGCGCACUCUCCCAAGGUGUACAGCGCGCUCAGUCUAACAACAAUUGGACUGAUACCGGUAUUGACCAUGUUCGUGCUGUACUCACGAGUCGUGCAAACUUUGUGGGGCCAAUCAAAUCGCUGCACUUCAGAAGGUUUUGUCAAGGUUGCGGCUAUUCGAAACAGAAAGAAAGUGACCAAGAUCGUCUUGACAGUUAGUACCGUCUACACUCUGUGCUGGCUACCAGAGCUUUGCGUCUAUACGACCAGUGCGUACGACCACUCUCUCGUUAAGGGGAACAUUGCCUACCCUGCUGCCGUUGCGUUGGUAACAGUCAACUCAGCUGUCAAUCCACUGAUAUACUGCUUUCACAGCGGGCGCUUCCGUCAAAACCUCGUCGCUCUCAUUUGUGGUGGAAGGAGAAGGUCGGAAUCUCUUCGUGAUUUUGAUGAUGAAAGCCAUUCGAAGAAAGCAAGUACUGAUAUUCAAAAGAUGUCCACCUUAGUGAUGGAUUCUACGGCCGUGGAUUCUCUAUCACAACCAGCCAUCCCAGUUUGCCAUCGUUCAAAUGAAGCACAUGUAUAAACCAAGCGCGAGUAGGUUUGCGUUUGGACGUAGUCAGUGUUUUUGAGGCCCUAUGUAUCAGGAGGGGAGGGGGGAGGGGGUGGAGGGGUAAUCAUGUCCUCUGUCUGUCUGAAUUUUACAACUGCCUAUGUCGCAAUUUUGGAACGUUCUUGUGUCUCUUGUAGGAAUUUUACCCCUAACAGGGCAUUGCUGUCGUUAAUGCAUAAGGCUGCAUUCAUAAUAUAUGGCGGGGGGGCAGGUGAAAUUGAGGGGGGAUCGGGAAAAUGUUGGUAGGAAAAAAGGGGGAUGGGCAAAUUCUUAUCAGAAAAAUGGAGGGAUGCACAAUUUUUGGAAGAAGCUGUUGUUAGGGGGAAAUAUUGCGUUUUUGACAAAAGAUAAUAGAAAAUACUUGAAAAUUUUCGCUGUAAAUGAUGCAUUGGGUGCUUAGAUUCCAAAACACCCGGGUAUCGUGCUAAAAUUGUAAAAGUGAAAUUGAUUGUCUGUCCAAAUGCUUUGCGCAGUCUCAGCUUUCCAUGUGAUUCGUUUCCAUCAAGAGGAAUUUGAAAUUAUUUGGAAUCUAUUAUUUGGCGAUGACAUGUAGAAAUGUUGAUAUGUAAAUAUAUUUUAUUAUAAGA